CCAUUAUUCUCUUCCUUUUUCGUUUUUGAUCAUCGAACAGUCCUAUUAAUCGACGCGGGGGUUGCUCACGGUCGUCGAUCUCCGAAGCCGACGGUCGGCGGGAAAAAGACGGGGAACGGCAGAUUGGCGGGACGUCUCCUCUUUUCUCCUGCGGAGCACGUGACGCAGGGAAAGCGGAUGCUUGACGUGUGAUGCGGAAGGCAGGAACGCCGACAAGGGGCUCGUCGGUGGGGUCGUCGUUAUUCUUUGGAAUUCCUGUUUCGGUGCAUUGACGAGGGUGCUGUAAAUGUCGCGUGUUUCAUUGAGAGGGUACGGGAGCGGGAUCGGUUUCACCAACCGAAUGGCGGCGGUAUUGACGGAAUUCGCUCUCGUUCCACGGUGUUGAAAAGUAAAAUAAACGAGCAGAUGCACCACCGAUCGAUCGCUUGUCUUUCCUUUGCCUUCCGUGCAUUGUUUGCUUAGACGAGACGAGACGAGACGAGACGAAACGAAACGGCGUUCGUUACGGAGCCGUAACUCUAUGCUUCUGCUGGCGCUCUCCCUCCUCUGUUCGACCGUCGUCGGAGGAGACGGCGGCGGCGGCGGAAGCCGGAGGGUGCUCCAUCAGCCGCUGUACCCGAUUCAAUGGGCCCCGCCCCCGCCCCCGCCCCCGCUCCCUCAGGAGUUCUCGGAUCCGUCGCCGGACAGCUCUAGCCCCUUUUUCCCAGGAUUUCCUUCUCCGCACGCGACCACCGGCCAGACCCCCGCCUCUACCGCCGCCGCCACCUCUGCCUCUUCGUCUCCCUCGUCUGCGUCCGAGACGGUCGUCGCCGUCACUGUCCCUGUCUCGGUGGCGAUCCUUGCAGUCCUUGUCUUGACGGGCCUGUACUUUUACCGGCGACGAAGGGCGAGGAGGCCGUCCGAUGCCGGGAAGCUCAUGGGACUCGAUGGCAGCGGUGGCCGGAUGGAAAGCCGCGCAGCUUCUGCUGAGGCGCCGGCGCCAGAUUUUCUCUACCUAGGCACCAUGAACACGGCGUCGACGGAAGCCUCGAGCUGCCGAGGGAGCCUGCAGGAUCUUAAUGGAUCACCUUACCACAAGCUGGAGGUGGAGCGGGUUGUGGAUAUGCACCCCCCGAGCCCCGAGCUCCAGCCGCUACCACCGUUGAGCGCGAUUGCUUCGAGGAAAAGUUUGGGACGCGCGCCGACUGCAUCGUCCGACGAGUAUACCUUCUAUACUCCGCAGAUGUCGUUGGCGUCCGCUACCAGCGAGACACCGGGCAGUCCAUUAUCGCGGCGUAGCCUUCCUAGUAUGAGUAGCGGAGGGAAGGAAUUCUUAAUGGCCGCGGUGGCUGACGCUGUUCCUCGUUCACGGCGAUCAUCCCCUCGAAAACAACUCAACAAUUACCCUGAUUCUGAAGUGAAACAGAUAAUCCUGCCAUUGAAUCGACAACCUCCAUCACCUUCUCCGCCCCGUUCCCCGCCGAUGCUUCCACCUCGACCGCCUCCCUGGAUGGACAAUUCCACUAGGACUCCACCACCCCCUCCCCCACCUCCUCCCCCUCCCCCACCUCGGCCCCCGCCCCCGCCGCCGCCUUCUUCAACUUCUGAAGCGUUCGCCAAAAGCGAUGACUUAAUUAAAGCUCCUAUAGCGCCAUUUUCGAGACGUCGAUUACUGAAUCCCCUGCCUCCGGAAGCUACACGGAUCAAUAUACAACUCCCUGUUGCGAAGUUUGGCAAUGGAGUCGCUGCCAGUUCUUCGCAUCAGGAUGAUGGGGCGGGAGAACAUCUGGAGGGCGAUACGAAGCUUAAAUUGAAGCCCCUUCACUGGGACAAAGUUAAAGCAAGUUCCGAUCGAGCAAUGGUCUGGGACCAAUUGAAAUCGAGCUCAUUUCAACUGAACGAGGACGCAAUGGAAACUCUCUUCAUCAACAAUUCCACAACUACUCUUCCUAAUGACUCCAGAAGAAGACAAGGCGCUCUCCCCUUCAAGCAAGAGAAGGGAGUGUUAGAUCCGAAGAAGUCACAGAACAUUGCAAUACUCUUGAGAGCGCUGAAUGUAACAAGAGAGGAGGUCUGCGAAGCACUUUUUGAUGGUAAUCCUCAAUGUUUAGGAACUGAGAUAUUGGAAACUUUGGUUAAAAUGGCUCCCACAAAGGAGGAAGAACUAAAAUUACGUGACUACCCAGGUGAUCUACAAAAGUUAGGUUCAGCUGAACGCUUUCUGAGAGCCGUCUUGGAUGUACCAUAUGCCUUCAAAAGAGUUGAUGCAAUGCUAUAUAGAGCAAAUUUUGAGACAGAAGUAAAAUAUCUAAUGAGAUCUUUUCAAACAUUAGAGGCAGCAUGCCAAGAUCUAAGAAGCAGCAGACUGUUUUUUAAGCUCCUGGAAGCUGUUCUUAGGACUGGCAACAGGAUGAAUGUGGGAACCAACCGUGGUCAAGCGAAAGCGUUCAAGCUGGACACGCUUCUCAAACUUGCGGAUGUAAAAGGGACAGAUGGGAAAACCACACUUCUCCACUUUGUCGUGCAAGAAAUCAUCAGGUCUGAAGGGUCAGGCACUGAGCCAGCAACAGAAAAUCCAUCCAGCAACAUAAGAGAAGGACAAUUUAGAAAGCAAGGCUUAAAGAUUGUAGCCGGGCUAAGCAAUGAGCUUGGGAAUGUCAGAAAGGCAGCUGGAAUGGACUCAGAUGUUCUGAGUGGAUAUGUUUCAAAGUUAGAAGCUGGGCUCGAGAAGGUAAAGUCAGUUAUACAGCUCGAGAAGUCAUGCACGCAAGGGAAGAGCUUUUUCGAGACGAUGAAGAUAUUUCUUGUAGAGGCUGAAAAGGAGAUUGGUCGUGUUAAAGUCGAAGAGAAGAGGGUGAUGAAUUUGGUGAAGGAAACCACAGAGUUCUUUCACGGCGAUGCUGCAAAGGAGGAAGCUCACCCUCUUAGGAUCUUCAUGGUGGUGAGGGACUUCCUAUCAGUUCUAGAUAGCGUCUGCAAGGAAGUGGGCAGUUUGCAUGAGAGGACAGUGAUAGGAUCUGCAAGUGCUCCUCAGCCAGUCUUCCAAAGGCCUGAAUGGCGACGAGAUGCGAACUCGGAUUAUGAUAGUUCAUCAUCAUAAAAUUUUGAUGAGAUAGUCUAUGUGAAGGUGAUCAGUGGAUCGAGGGAGGAUACUACCAAGUAAUUAACAGGAUCGGUUUUGUACAAAAGGAAUAGGCGACACCUUGGAGGAAGGCAUAGUACUCAUACUGUGUUUCAGAGAUGUAGAGACUAACGCUCAGUACACUUGCCAUGCUGUAGAUUAUGAGGCAACCAUAGAAGAAAUUUUUAUUAUCUUUGAAAAUUAUUUAAAUUUUAUGCAUUUUUUUUUUUGGCGUGAUGGACAGCUCAUAGCUCUUUCUUGUGAAGUCCCAAUAAUUUAUAAACAUUUGGAGGGUUAUAGAAAAUGAUUCCGAAAUCUAGCAGGCACGGGGAUUUGGGUGCGUCUGGGUGUGAUUUUUCCAGACCGGUAGAGCACCUGAACCCGGUUCAGUCGCACUUUCGUAUUUUUGGUAUACUUAAGAGUUACGAAAUCAUUCUCGUGUCUCGGGCGCUUUAGCUCCUUGUUCGUCCCAGAUCUCUUCGUCGCUGGGCUUCAUGCUGCUUCUUGGAACAACCUACUCUUUUUCUUAGCCUUCACCGGGUGGUUUUUUGUGCCGUUUCUUGCCCUUCAUUCCUGGAUCUUCUAUCUAUGCGAUGGUUGUCUGCAAAUGCCGCAAGGU